GCUAGAAACCCUUCUUCCGCUAAAACCCUUUUGCUUACACGCCUCUCUCCCUGUGUAGUGUGUAUGAAAUAAUACUUUCUCAUUUACGCACAAAACUUCAAUAACUUCUCUGCAACAGUGCAACCUUCACUCUUCUCUGCACAAAUCGAUCGAAACUUCACUGGUUCUUCUCUCAUCAAUCGGACAAAUCUUCUGCAGCCUUCGAAUUCGAUCUCUCCAAGACUCCACUGUGCAAAGUCUAAGAUUUUUAGUUUCAGCAGUUUUUAUCAUGACAUUGCUGGAAGUGAUAACAAAGGCCUCAGCCAAUCCUGAACCACCAGGUUCCCAUAUUGACCACCCUAUCAUUCUCAAUCCAAAUGAUAUUUUCCUCAACUUGAAGCCAAAACAUGAAAACAUCAGUCGUGCAUCACUUGUGAAUCCUGUUUCUGGCUGGGAAAUUUCUCAAACUGAUACCCAACUCAUUGACUCAGGCAAGAAGUUCUAUGCGAAGCUUAAGAGAAAGCUCAAAGAUACUAAUAACUUUAACAAGGAUGAGUUCAUUGGAAUUUUCAAUCCAUUUCUUGUUAAACUUAGUGAGCAUGUUGGGAUUUCGAAUGUCAGUGAUAUGUCUAAUAAUGGGUUCACCUGGAUUUUAAUUGAGAAGAUUGGGUUCUUGAUGGGUCGAGAUGUGGCAGGUUUGGUUUUGGAAGCCUGUCUAGGUUUGAAAAUUUGGGAGUUGGUGGAAGCUUUGAUCAUUAACGGGCUUGUCGAUCAUUCGUGUUAUUCAAAUUUGGUUAUGAAACUUGCAAAAGAGAAGAGGUCAGAUUUGCUUUGUGUUUGUGUUAGAUAUGCUCCAGAUCUUGGAUCAUCUGAGUUACUUUGCAUUUUGAAGUAUUUUCUUUGUCCACCGAAAGAUGCAUAUGGCAGCAUGGUGAGUGUGAGGAAGGAAUGGGAGAGCCAGGCCUUGCUAGCUAUUGAGAAGGCAACUGAUGAAAAACUUUCUCGGAAAAAGUUAUGUGUGGCAAAGGAGGCUUCAAUUUGGCUGAUGGUUGCACAUGAUGGGUUUUCAGUUUCUGAACUUUGUUUGCAUUAUUUGCUGGGAUCAUCUAAUGUUGAUGAAGUGAUACUAUCAUCCUCAAUUAGUAAGUUAAGCGGUAAAGAGAUGAUGAAUUUGAUUCGGUACUUGGGGAAAUGGUUGAAGAAGUUUGAGAGGUUCCCCCAGGCACGACCAUGCCCAGAAGCAUCAUAUAUGUUGGGUUUAUCUGCUUGUGAUUGGGUUCCCAAGCUUGAAGUGGUUGUGAAAUGUCUUGGCUUGGUGUUGGAUGAGAACUUUUCUUCUCUGGUUUUGCACCCUGAGUUUCGGGAUGAGCUGAGAUCUAUAGAGGGAGUCGUCAGUUCCCUAGUUCUGGAAACAAGGUUUUGUUGUCCGAUAGCUAACGUACUCAAGAAUUUAGUAGUUGAUGAUGAAACCGUGCAGAAUUAGGAGCUGUAUCAACUCUCAAUGUAGUGUUGUUAUUCAAUGAUGUUGCUAUUGCAAAGUUUUGUUUAAUUAAUCUUGUCAGUGUAAUCAUCAUUUAUUUUGGAAUGAACUGUUGCAAUUUUAAAUGUUUCUUUUGUGAAUGAUUUGAUAUUGACUAUAAUUGUAAAUACUUACGAGUUUUGACUGCUUUUAUCUCCUUUGUUUGAGAAUUUUGGUGACAAUCUGUGGCGAGUGCCACAGGAUCUUAUGGA